CGCCUGCCUUUCAUAGGCAGCCCAAAUGGCGAAUGCAGCAGAUCCGCAGACCUCCGGGAGCGAAGCGCACGCAAACCUCGUUCUGGUUUGGUUUUAACAAUAACCCAGUAAAUGCAACGAAUGAAGCCUGUUAUAUCCAAGUAAGAUGGAGGAUAGUUUUGAUUGUGACUGUGGCGAACUUGAGCCACCUGAUCACUGAGUGAAAAUUUAUUUUUGAAGACUCAAAAAAAAAAAAGGCCAGAAACAUUUCAUUUUAUAUAUCAGGAGACUUGACCAGAAAAAUAGAUACCAAGAAAAGAAAAAAUAUUUGUGCAUUUCUUAUGAAGCUGCUCAGGACCAGUCGUACACUGAAUGUAUCUGCACUGUGAGGAUGCAACUACAUGGUUUUAUCUUUUAGUAUAAUCCGUGUUAUCUUUCUUUUUUUCCUUUUCCGAUUGGCCUCAAAGUCCAUUCCAUCGUAGUCUAUAAAUUAUAGAGCAUAUCUGCUCAAGAUAUCCUCUCACCUAAAGGAUUGGAUAAGGAAUUUCUUUAUAUAUUUUUUUUUCUCCAAUAAUAAACAUGGAAAGAAAAUAUGAUUGUAUACUAGAGUCCCAUAUCUGAGAGUGACGGCUAGCCAGGGGGGACUUGGUAGUCGACUGUACAGGGGUUAGUUAGUUCAGACUCUGAAGCAAAGGGGGGUUAUCUGAUAGCUCCUUCGGUGUUAAAGUGGGGUUAAAAGCAGGCCAGAAAUUUGGCAAAAGAAGCUUAUAACCAGUAAUCAUGGCGGAGAAAUUUGAGUCACUGAUGAACAUCCAUGGCUUCGAUCUGGGCUCUCGCUACAUGGACUUGAAACCUCUGGGCUAUGGAGGGAACGGCCUAGUGUUCUCAGCGGUUGAUACCGACUGUGACAAGCGCGUGGCGGUGAAGAAAAUAAUCUUGACCGACCCCCAGAGUGUGAAACACGCCCUGCGGGAAAUCAAGAUCAUCAGACGACUUGAUCAUGACAACAUUGUGAAGGUGUUUGAGACGCUGGGUCCCUGCGGUCGCAGACUAACAGAGGAUGUGGCGUCGCUUACAGAGGUCAAUUCGGUCUACAUUGUGCAGGAGUACAUGGAGACUGACCUCUGUCAGCUGCUGGAGAGGGGCCCCAUGUCUGAGGGCCAUGCCCGGCUCUUCAUGUACCAGCUCCUAAGGGGCCUUAAGUACAUCCACUCGGCCAAUGUGCUUCACCGUGACCUCAAGCCUGCGAACCUGUUUGUCAACACAGAGGACCUGGUUCUGAAGAUUGGAGACUUUGGGUUGGCCCGCAUCAUGGACCCUCACUACUCUCACAAGGGUCAUCUCUCUGAAGGUCUCGUCACAAAGUGGUACAGAUCUCCUCGCCUGCUGCUCUCUCCAAACAACUACACCAAAGCCAUUGACUUGUGGGCUGCUGGCUGCAUCUUUUCUGAGAUGCUUACGGGAAAGACUCUUUUUGCAGGAGCACACGAGCUCGAGCAGAUGCAGCUGAUCCUCGAGUCCAUUCCCGUGCUGCAUGAGGAAGACCGACAAGAACUUCACAGCGUCAUUCCCGUCUUCAUCCGCAGCGACAUGUCGAAGCCCCACACGCCGCUGGUUAAGCUGCUGCCUGGUGUCAGUCCUCAGGCCCUUGAUUUUCUGGAGAAGAUUCUCACCUUUAACCCGAUUGACCGUCUAACUGCCGAAGAGGCCCUGGCCCACCCCUAUAUGGCUGACUACUCCUUCCCCCUGGAUGAGCCGGUCUCUCUGCACCCCUUUCACAUUGAAGACGAAGUCGAUGAUAUUCUGCUCAUGGACCAAAGCCACAGCCAUACGUGGGAGAGGUAUCAUGAGAGCCAGUUCUCAGAGGCUGAUUGGCAGUUGCACAGCACCCAUGAUCCAGAUGAAGUUCAGGUCGACCCAAGGGCCCUCUCUGAUGUUACCGACGAAGAAGAGGUCCAGGUUGAUCCCCGCAAAUAUGCUGACGGAGACAGAGAGAAGUUCCGGGAUGACCCGUCCUUCGACUACUCUGCUCUGCUCCCAUCGGAGCGAUCUUGGCAGGAAGACCACCACGAGAACAAGUACUGUGAUGUGCAGUGUAGUUACACUUGCAACUAUAAGGCCGUGUCCCCCUCCUACCUUGACAACCUCAUCUGGAGGGACAGCGAAGUCAACCACUACCAUGAACCCAAGCUCAUCAUUGACCUGUCAAACUGGAAGGAGCAGCAGAGCAAGGAGAAGGCAGACCGCAAGGCUAAGAGCAAGUGUGAGAAGAACGGGCUCAUGAAGGCCCAGAUCGCACUGAAAGAGGCCGAGAAGAUCCAGAGUCCCACAGAGAAGGACAGUGAACAGGAAAAACAUCAGACGGAGAGGCAGCAGAACCAAGGCUUUGACUUUGACUCCUUCAUCGCCAGCACCAUUAAACUGAGCCUGCAGCCGGAGCCCUGUCAGGAGGUCACCCUGCUCAGCGAGGUGGGCCUUCUAAACGAGCGCAACUUCUCUGUCUCCCAGCUAGAGGCAACGCGCUCAACAUCAAUGUCAAAGACUAUCAGUCAGGAGAAGGAGGAGAAGUGCCUGGUAAACCUGGCUCAGUUAGGCGGUGGGGGUCUAGGAGUUGUGGCCGGGGACUGCGUCUGGCCUGCUGAGCCUUGGGAGAGCGCUGGCGACUGUUUAAUAGACGAAGCGUGCUGGGACAUCCGUAAGGCGGACCACCUGCAGAAGGAGAGCUCGUACACCAGCUACCUGGACCACUUCUUCAGCCGGAAAGAAGACGUCACAGAGACGGUGACCAGCUUGGAGGUGGAGCCCUCAGUGGUGAAAGAGUUAGACGACGGCUUCCUGGACAGUAACACAGAGAUUGUGCUUAAUAUGCAGCUGGACUCUCUGGCCUUGCCUGUGUUUGACAGCCCCGAUGACUUGCCUCUAAAAUCCAUCCAGGCCUCCCUCUCCCCCUGCGCUGUCAAAUGCUCCCCACAGAUAGCCCACAAAACCUACAGCAGCAUCUUCAAGCAUCUUAAUUAACGACAUACCUGCAUCUUCCCUCACAGUGCAAAAUCUAGGCCGUUUUUAUUUUAAUACAAUGUUAUUGUACUUGAAUCAUUUCAUACCUUUUUUUUAUUAUUAUAGUUUUAUUAUUUUGAGGAGUUGAGGGGGUGAUUGAUUAUAUUUAAGAGUUUCAUCGUCACUCUGAGCCUUGAUCACCCGGCCUUCAUGGGUUAACGUCUCAUUGCUAAACUGGCAUGUCAUUGCACAUGUAAGUACUGUAGAUAGAAGGAAGGAAGGAGGGAGAAAAGUAGAGAAGUGAAGAAAUGGAAGGAAAGAAUUAAAGAGAGGAGAUUUUUGAAGGAAAUAUUGGUGAGCAAACAUCGCUGUGGGCUUUUAAAGUGCUUUCAAACACUCUUUCCUGGGGUUGGGGUAUAUAUACUAUAGGGGGUU